AUGGUUAUUGAUAUUCCAGCUAAGGAGUCGAUAACUGCUUCUUUGGUUUGUUUGCAAUGCCCUUUGACGAUUUACGGUAAGAACUUUGGUGUUGACUUAGUUUGCUUACCGCUAAGUCAUCUUGAUGUUAUUUUGGGAAUGAAUUGGUUGGAAUUCAACCAUAUUCAUAUCAACUGUUAUGACAAGAUUGUGUUAUUUCCUGAGUAUGUGGAAGAGGAAGUUUCCAAGUUCAUGUCUGCUAAUCAAUUGGAAGAGCUAAUGAAAGAUGAAGCCCAAGUAUUCACGAUGUUUGCAUCUUUGAAGUUAGAGAGUAAAGCAAUAAUUGAUGAGCUACCAGUAAUGUGUCAAUUUCCAGAUGUAUUUCCAGACGAUAUUAUUGAUCUUCCACCAUAA